UGUCCCGCCCGCCCUGAGCCAUGGUGAAGUACGGCCUCGACUACACGCGCUGCAGGUGGAUCCUGCCCCUGCUCCUGGGCAUAGGAGUCAUCUUCGGGAUCAUCGCGCUGGCGGGCAGGGGCUGGCUGGAGUCGCAGACCUUGCCCUAUGUGCAGCAAGCGUCGCUGUGGCAGAACUGCAGGAGGGCUGACCAGGGCGGGGAAUGGAACUGCGAGUCCCUCAUGGGCUACGCCUGGGGAAGAGCCGCUGCUGCAACAUACCUGGUUGGCUUUCUACUUCUAGUCAUCUGUUUUGCACUGGCCAUCAUCGCAUUUGCCAUUGACACACUUCGGUUCAACUUCAUUCGUGGGAUUGGAGGCUUGCUUUUUGUGGCUGCUGUGUUCUCCGUCAUGGGCCUGGUCAUUUAUCCAGUAAAGUUCUCAUCUGAAAUUGAAAUGACAGGAAUCAAUAUGUUCAGCUGGGCCUAUGGCUUUGGCUGGACCACCGCCAUUAUGGAAAUAUGCUUGGGAUUCUUCUUCUGCUGCCUUCCUAACUAUGAAGAUCAGAUCUUGGGUAAUGUCAAGCCCACAUAUUUUUACUCUUCCCCAUAAGAACCAGGAAAAAUGUGUUCAUAUUCCAGAGAUACCUGACAGACUAGCUACGUUUUUCAGAAUAUUGUCAUCAGAUGAUAGUAGAAAAGGCUGGAAACUUUUCUAAUGUGUGUAGAAAAAUGGCACUGGCACCAGAAAUAAAGUUAUCUACUGUAUUUUGGACCUUCAUUGUGGGUUGGUUAGCUAAAGCACAAAUAUUAAAACCCCUUGGUUUUCCUCAUUCAUUCCUAUGAAUGGGGUUUAUGUGGAUUCCAUUGCAUUCUAAAAACAUUCACAAUUUUAAUGAAAUUCAAAAAAGCUUAUUAAACUGGCAAUAAACAAAAAACACAUAUCAUCUUCCUGAAGGAAAGCUACUCAAAAAAAUCCCAUUUUGUAUGUAUCAUCUUUAACCUGAAGAUUUUGCGCAAUUUUCAAAGAAGUCAAAUAUCUUUACCCACUGACUGCCAAAGUAGUAAAUUAGUCAGCCAGCACUUCAUAGUUUUGCUUCUAUUUUUUAUUCAUUCACUUAAGCCACAAGGACAGAGUAAAGAAGGGAUUAAAGCUCCUACCAGAGCCAGCAUCUUGACUUUUCCUCAUUCAUUUGGAAUGUAUUUAUUUCUAAAUAUUUGCAAGAGUAAGAAAGGAACACCAGUAAAGCCUUAAGAAUCCUGGUGUGCCACUGCUAGUGUGAGUACAGAGUGGGAAGAGGCAGAAGGGAUUUCAAGCCACCCCUGCAAUCUGCAGACCUGGUUUGAUAAAGGUCCUGGUGUGGCCUUCUUCUUGGGUAUCUUGACACUUUUUUUCUCCUGUAUCAAAACGUAUGACUUUAAAAUGCUCUGUUAUACUGUCCAGCUUUUUUAUCCAGUGUAGAAAGGUCAGGUAUGAUUUCCCUGCACCUCAGGAAUUGGGCUGGAGCAGCGUGAGUGAGUGUAAGUAUUGUACCGCUGCUAAAAGGCCUCUUUUUUGUUCAUGUGGUGUUCUUAAGUGUUUUUAAAGUGGAAAGUGUAUACUGUCAUAUGCAAUUGUAAAGUGCAUAAAUACCCCUUACCAUCUCAAACUAAAGCUCUCAUAGAGAAAAUCACAUCAUAAAAUAUCUUCCAGCAUCCUAUACUCCAUGGUGCCUCAAGCCUCAAUGUACUGUGAGCAAUGAAGCAAUCAAGACUGCUGGUUUCUGCCUUGUUAAACCUAACUUUAUAGCAUUCCAUUUAUUCUCUUAAGUGAAAAAAAAAAAUAGAUAAUAUAUGGAAAAGGAGUCUCAUCUAAAUCCUUCACUACUGAGGUUUACAUCUGCAAUUUUGUAACUAUGCGUACUAUGAAAUGCCCUGCCAAGUGUUCUUUGUUUCAAUUAAUUAGAGGUGGAAAAUUUUUUAGUUAAAACGUUUUGGUAGCUAAAAUUAAUAAAGGCACAGAGCUUCACCUGGGUUGUUUGGAGUUUUUUGCUUGGUUGGUUGGUUGGUUGGUUGGUUGGUUGGGUUUUUUUAAGCAGUUAACUCCAUUCACUUUUAUGGAGUAUCUCCUAACUUUGAUCAAGAAGAGUGAGAGAUGGGAAGAGUACAAACAAUGGGGAGAGUGUAGGGAUAGUAAGGAAUAAUUAGACAAGAACGUGUAAAUAUUCUUUAAAAAUGUUUCCUAGCUGGAAGAAAAGCAAA